CCCACAAUCCAUUUGUUCCGUAAACAAAAUAUAUUAACUCCAGAUAUUAAUGUAGCUAACGGACCCAAACUGAGGUCUUUUGUUUAAAACUAUGUAAGAAUCUGAAAACAAUAUUACUAUAGACAUUAGGAAGCAGUCUCGUUAUUAAUUAAGCUGUUAGGGACAUUACUAAUGCCAGUUAGCUUUCUGCUAGCUAAAGAUUACAACAGCAGCGCUAGCUAACUCUUUUGUAUCAAAGUCAUCAGAAAUCUUAAAUAAUGUCUGGACCAAAUGGAGAUCCAACCAUCUCUACAGAUGAUGGUAUUAUCAACGACGAAGAUGAAUUUGGCGAAGAGGAGUAUGCUGCCAUUAACUCCAUGCUGGAUCAGAUCAACUCAUAUCUGGAUGACCUGGAAGAGCGUAACGACGCACUUAAUGGCAAACUGCAUGACCUUUUGGAGUCAAAUCGGCAAGCCCGCCAAGAAUUCAGGGCUCAGCUGCUUGGCUCCUCAACCCAGGAGGAACAUCAUUCCCUAGAGGUGCUUAGUCCUGCGAAAGAGGAAGAGAAGUCCUCACCAAGCGAGGAACGCCUAAAUAAGGAAAAUGGAGGCUCACAAAUGAGUGACAGUGGUGUUUAGAUCUGGAGAGUUUGUAAAAAACAAUAAAAAAAAAAGCAGGUAGAAAAUUUUUAAUGAAAGGAGACUCAACUCCUGAUCCCUGUUGGGACUAGUCACCCCACGAU